GCAAGCGGCAGAACAACGUGGUGGUACUGGCCGCUAACUGCUUCUGUGUGGAGUCUGGUUUAUCAUCUCUAAAACCCUACUCAUUUGUGACCCCACUACAGUUACUUCAAACUUGUGAGCUAUGGCGAUGAAAACCGUUGAAGAAUCUCACGUUGGCAUCUCCUGUUACAUAUCCAACCUUCCUGGCUUCCGUGGUGUCCUAAAGCAAAGAUAUUCUGAUUUCAUUGUUAAUGAAGUCGACAGAGAUGGACAAGUUGUUCACUUGUCUUCACUUGAUGCCCCUCCUGAGGAGGAACAAAGGAGUGUUCAAGAAACUGGAACAAACACAUCAGAGUCUGAUACAACAACAGUUACCAGUUAUGCUGCUUUACUUGAUUCUUUUAAAUCUCUUGCUGGGGAUUCCGAUGCAGGCUGUUUGGAAGAAUUUCUUAAUCAAAUUAAUACGGGAGAUGACAAAAGUGUAGCUCCUCUUGUCCUUUCUCCGGAUUCAAACAAAUCUCAUAGAACGGCAGUGCAUAAGUUCUUUAAGGGAAACUUCAAGUUCCUUGUUACCGACACUGUUGAUGGACCAGAUGCUUCAUCAAAAUGCAUCCGUGUGAGAUUGAAUUCCGGUGGGCCAAACAACAACGGUAGAAACUCCAAGAAGCGCAAAGAAAGAGGUGAUAAACCUUUUGACAGCAGAGGUUCAAAAAGUUGGCCAGAAAAUGUUGAGAAGUUCCUUAGGUUUCAUCUUUAUAAGGAGAACAAAGACACACAAGAGGCCCUUGGAGUGAUUGGAAAGAUGCUUGGCAUCCAGUCAAGAUCAUUUGGUUUUGCGGGUACAAAGGAUAAACGUGCUGUCUCAACCCAAAGGGUUACUGUUUAUAAGCAGCUGGCAAGUAGGGUAGCUUCUCUUAAUGAGAGGUUAUUUGGUAUUAAAGUGGGUGACUUCUGUUAUGUUAAUGAAGGACUUGUUUUGGGCCAGCUCUCAGGGAACCGAUUUACAAUCACAUUGAGAGGUGUGGUUGCAGAUUCUGAAGAUACCAUAAAAGCAUCUGCAGAUGCCUUAGGAAGGCAUGGCUUCAUUAACUACUUUGGUCUACAACGUUUCGGAAGUGGUUCUGUGCCAACUCACCUUAUUGGUGCUGCCUUAUUUCGAGGGGAAUGGGAACUAGCUGUUGACAUGAUCCUUGAUCCAAGAGAUGGAGAAAAGGAAGCUAUAGCCAAGGCACGCAAGUACUAUAAAGAUAGCAAGGAUAUUGAAGGGACACUUAGGCAGUUGCCUCGAUAUUUGGUUGCUGAAAGGGCUGUGCUGCAAAACUUAAAAAAGUCUCCUGGAAAUUACGUGCAGGCAUUGAAAGCUAUUCCAAGGACUCUUAGAAUGAUGUAUGUACAUAGUUACCAAAGCUUUUUAUGGAACCAUGCAGCUAGUACAAGGGUGCAAAAAUAUGGAACUGAACAAGUUGUAUUAGGAGAUUUGGUAUAUUGUAAAGAAAAUCCUACUGGAAAAGUUACAGGGAUUGUUGGACCUGAAUGUGAUGAUGACUGCGGGGAUAGAUAUGAUUCGAAUAUUGAAGAGGAAGUCUCUGAAGAUACUCAAGAAGAAAGCAAUAAUUAUGUGAAGGUUGUGACUGCUGAAGACCUUAAUUUAGGAUGUUAUACAAUUGAGGAUGUCAUACUUCCUAUGCCCGGUUCUCGAGUAAUUUAUCCAACAAAUGAUGUGGCAAAAGUUUAUCAUGAUUUGGCAGAUAAAGAUCGAAUCAGCUUGACGGAAUGUGUGCAUAAUGUGAAGGAAUUUUCAAUAACUAAUGUGACUGGAAGUUACAGAAGGGUUUUUCAGAAACCAAUUAAUUUCGAAUGGGAACUACUAAAAUAUGCUGAUAGUACUAAGCCAUUGGUAGAGACAGAUUUAGACAAGAUCAUCAAGUCUAAACCUGUGAACGGUGUCAGACCAGUGGGUGCAUCGGAUGCAAAAAAGGAAGAUAAUACGAGAGAAUUAGAGAACUCAAAUGAUGGUGCAAACAUUGAGGCUGAUGAUGACGAGAUUGAAGGUGAGGAAGUGAUAUUACCACAAGAUGAAUCUGUCUCUGGCACCAACUCUCAAGAUUUCCAAACUGCUCUGAAAAUGAGUUUUACUCUCCCUACUUCAUGCUAUGCAACAAUGGCCAUAAGAGAACUGCUGAAGACUUCAACAUCUGUUGCAUAUCACAAGACACUUAACCAGUAAGAAGGUGGAAAUUUUGUUUUAAGUAUCAUUUGUUAGAUGUUAGGAAUACUCCAUGUGUCAUACUAUAUCGGUAUCUCGCAACAGGCAGAGCAGAAUCCCCUCACAAGUACACUUCUUGUGUUGUUUGACAACAGAAAAAUCAACACUUGGACCAUUUCUGUUGAAAAUUUGAAACGAAUCUAUGUAUGUGUAAUGUUCCAUGGUUUCA